UUUAUUCAAUUCCAAGAAAUUAAUAAUUUUAAUAAAAAUUGUAUUCUAUAAAGAAGCAAUAGAAAUUAUUAUAAGAAGAUAUUCAAAAUGACAGAUAAUAAAGACGACUCAGCUGUUAAAUAGGCUCUUUCAAAAUAUAUGGAAUUUUAUAACCUACAUAAAUAAGCAACAGCUUAGGAAUUAACUUUAGGCACUGUUUUUGGUUAUUGCUCUGGUGCUUUUACAAGAAGAAUGGCUAGAGUUGGAACUUUUAUAUCCGGAGGAUUAUUUGUGACUGCAUAACUCCUUUCAUUCUAAGGAUAUGUUAAUGUUGAAUGGAAUAAGAUGGAAUAAGAUGCUAUUAAAGCAUUAGAUUAGAAUGGUGACAAUAAAAUAGAUAUGUAGGAUUUCAAGAUAAUGUAUGAUAAAUAUUUAUCAACUUUGCAAUAUAGAUUGCCAAGCAGUACUGGAUUUGCAGCUGGUUUCCUACUUGGAUGGAGAGGAAAACUUAUUUGA